AUGGCGGAAAAAGUCGAAAGGGUGGAAAUAGAAAACGAAACUCACUUCGAAGAGCUCGUGAAAGCAGCAGACGACCCCCGACUUUUCGUGAUCGACCUCUACUGCUCCUGGUGCGGCCCCUGCAACGCGGUGCUGCCGACUCUGCGGGACUUGCUGCUGACCCUCGACGGCUUCCGCGAGCGCUGCUGCUUCGCAGCAGCAGCAGCAGCAGCAGUUCCCGAACUUGCUGCUCUCGGGGCCUCAGCAACUCCCAAGUUCCUCUUCUUCAAAGACGGGACUCUUCUUGCACAAGUCCUCGGAGCCAACGCCCCCCAACUCAAACAAAAAAUCGAAGAACUCCUUCCCCCCCUCCAGCCCCCCCCCAACGCGCCCUUCGCCUGA